UUUAAACGUUAAUUUCACGUAAAAUAUACGUUCGAACGGAGGCAUGUUAGUGAAAAGUUUCAAGCGCGACCGCGAGAAAACGUAUCUCGAUUGCACGGUUCCCCGUGAGGUAAACCGUCCAGUCGAUUCCUACACUAGCGACACCGUACGUCGAAUACAGUGAAACCUACUACGUACUACGUAUAACAGUAAUUAUAUUAUAUACUAAUAUAAUAUAAUAAUUAUUACAUAUUGUCGACGUGAAGUUGAAUUUUAAUUAACAAAAAUGGCAGACACCGCAGUCGAAACUGAAACUCCGGCGCCAGCGUCGACGCCCGCGAAGAAAGCGCCCAAAGCAGCAGCAGCAGCAGCAGCGGCGUCGGGAGGAGCCAAGAAAGCGGCCAAAGCGAGAUUGGCGCACCCGAAGACGUCGGAAAUGGUGAACACUGCGAUCAGCGAUCUCAAAGAGCGUAGCGGCUCUUCCCUGCAGGCGAUCAAGAAGUACAUAUCGGCCACGUACAAGGUGGACGCGGAUAAACUGGCGCCGUUCAUUAGGAGAUAUCUCAAGGGCGCCGUCGAAUCCGGCACGCUCGUUCAGACGAAGGGCAAGGGCGCAUCUGGCUCGUUCAAACUGGAGUCAAAGUCCUCCGCGGCCAAGAAGAAGACCGCUCCGUCGAGCGGAGCCGCCGGCAAGGGCUCCGGAGCGGCGGCGGCCGUCAAGGUGCGCAAAUCUGGCGGCGGUGGCAAGGCGCAAGCGGCCGCCAAAAAGACGGCCGUCAACGCAGGCAGCAGGUCCAAGAAGGCGGCGGCAGCCGCCGCCGCAGCAGCGGCCGCAGACUCUUCGUCCUCGCCGUCCAAGUCGAAAGCGUCAGCGGUGAAAGACAAGAAAGUAGCUGCAGGCAGAAAGAAGCCCGCCGCGGCCGCCAAGAAGGCGCCGGCUGCGGGCAAAGCGGCCGCAAAGCCCGCCGCAGCAGCGUCGGCCGCCGCGCCGAAGGCUAAGAGGAGCGCCAAACCGCCAACGAAGAAGCCGAAGGCACCGAAACCGAAGAAAGCGGCAACGCCAAAAUCCAAAGCGGCCACCGCCAAGAAAGCCUCGGCCGCGUCCAAGAAGUGAACGUGUGGUGUGCGUGCAAUCGAUCAAUCGCAGGCGCAAGCGCAACCUAAUUCGACUUCGAGGAAGGUUGGAACUGGUUAUGCAGUGCAGCGGUCUCAGCAAAAUAGAUAUUAAUAUAUUUAUUAUAUUAUAUCUAUCGCCAAAAAGCCCUUCUCAGGGCUAACAUAUAUUUUCGAAUGCGCACUCACUACGAACGUUAACGUUUCCUUCCAAUUUGCGAGGACGAACAAGCAACUUGUAGGUACAAUAAAACUACAAUAUUAUAACAUCUACAGUCUACUACUACCACCUAUACAUAAUCAACAAACUCAAACUCAAACAUUAAUUAUUAUUAUUCAUGUUUUAAUCAUGUCAUUAUUAUUACAAUUUUACAUACAUACAUACAUACAUAAUAUAUUAUAGUAGCAACAUGCAUGCACAAUAU